CUGGCAGAAGGCAAGUUGCAACAUCUGCGAGCAGAGUUAGAACAAAGCCCCUUAACUUUUUCAGUCUGGCCCUGGACUCUGGCUCCUGCUCUCUCUAUUCUCCCUUCUCACCAGACCUUGGACAGGAAUCUCAGCAGGACAGUGGGGAAGUGCAAGCCGACUCUCGUCCUGCCUCCUGUGACAGCUGCUGGGAAGAGGCCUCAGACCAUGGGGGAUGUGAAGCUGGUUGCCUCAUCACAUGCAUCCAAAACCUCCCUGAGUGUGGAUCCUUCAAGGAUUGGCUCCCCUCCACUGAUGGAGGCCCCUGCUUUCAUUCUGCCCCCUCGGAACCUCUGCAUCAAAGAAGGAGCCACAGCCAAGUUUGAAGGGAGGGUCCGGGGUUACCCAGAGCCCCAGGUGACGUGGCACAGAAAUGGGCAGCCCAUCUCCAGUGGGGGCCGCUUUCUGCUGGACUGCGGUGUCCGGGGCACUUUCAGCCUUGUUAUUUGUGCUGUCUGUGGGGAAGACAAGGGAAAGUACACCUGUGAAGCCAGCAACAGUAGUGGUGCCCGCCAGGUGACCGUGGAGCUGACCGUGGAAGAGAGUUUUUCCAAGAAGCAUGGUCAUCCUGUUGCUUCUACAGCCCUGGGGGACAGAUUUUCAGUCCCAGCAGUGGAAACUCGUCCUAGCAUCUGGGGUGAGUGCCCACCAAAGUUUGCCACCAAGCUGGGCCGAGCAGUGGUCAAAGAAGGACAAAUGGGGCGAUUCUCCUGCAAGGUCACUGGCCGGCCCCAACCUCAGGUCACCUGGCUCAAGGGAAAUGUCACACUGCAGCCGAGUGCCCGUGUGUCUAUGUCUGAGAAGAAUGGAAUGCAGGUCCUAGAAAUUCGUGAGGUCACCCAGGAUGAUGUGGGCAUGUACACGUGCCUGGUGGCGAACGGCUCAGGAAAGGCCUCCAUGUCAGCAGAGCUCUCCAUCCCAGGUUUGGACAAGGCCAACAGGUCAUUUGUGAGAGGAACAAAGGCUCCCGACGCCGACAUCAGGAGGGAGGUGACCAAUGGGAGCCAAAAGGGACUGGAACUGGACAGCCUGGAGGCAAUGGCCGAAAAUAAGAACAGUUCCAGCCUGCAGAAAGGUGGCUCUCUGGCCUGGGUCACAGGCAGCCCUUCACAUUCCCUGCGGGAGCCCAAACCACAGCCAGGCAAGGACUCCCCUAGAAAGGUCCUGCAGACCCCAGUCCUGCAGAAGACUUCCAGCACCAUCACCCUGCAGACCACAAAAGUCCAGCCAGAACCCAGAGCACUGGCCUUGGUGGCUCUGUCUCCUUCCAGAGAGGAUCAGAAGAGGCCAGCUGCUUCCCAGCCAGCCACCUGCCCCACCAGGUGGUCUGGCCGGGAAAGCCCAGAAGUUGUGAGUACAUUUGCCACCAGGAAAACCCCCAUGGAGAGCCAGAGAGAGUUGGCCUUGCCCAAGUUUGAAAGCAAGCCCCAAAGCCUGGAAGUCAGCGAACAUGAAACAGUCAAGUUCAGAUGCAACGUUUCAGGGAUCCCGAAGCCUGAAGUGGCCUGGUUCCUGGAAGGCGUCCCUGUGCGGACAAGAGAAGGCACCAUUGAGGUUUAUGAGGAUGGGGGGUCCCACUACCUCUGCCUGCUGAGAGUCCGGGCCGGGGACAGUGGCCGGUACAGCUGCACAGCUUUCAAUAGCCAAGGCCGGGUGUCCUGCAGCUGGACCCUCCUAGUGGAAAAGCAGGCCAAGAUGGAGGUGGCCCCCUCCUUCUCCAGUGUCCUGAAGGACUGCACUGUCGUUGAAGGCCAGGAUUUUGUGCUGCAGUGCUCUGUGCAGGGGAACCCAGUACCCCAAAUCACUUGGCUACUCAAUGGUCAGCCCAUCCAGUAUGCGCACUCCAUAUGCCAGGCUGGCGUGGCUGAGCUCCGCAUUCAGGACACCCUGCCAGAGGAUGACGGUGUCUAUACCUGUCUGGCUAAGAACACCUCGGGGCAAGCGUCCUGCAGCGCCAGGGUCACCGUCCAUGAAAAGAAGAGUGACAGGAAGAGUGGCCUUUUGCCCCUGGCUCCCACCAAGCCCACUGCACCCGUCUUCCUGCAGGGCCUCUCUGAUCUCCGAGUCAUGGAUGGAAGCCAGGUUACCAUGACAGUGCAGGUGUCAGGGAAUCCGCCCCCUGAGGUCAUCUGGCUUCAUAACGGAAGUGAGAUCCAGGAGUCGGAGGACUUCCACUUUGAACAGAGAGGCACCCAGCACAGCCUCUGCAUCCAGGAGGUGUUCCCUGAGGACAUGGGCACCUACACCUGUGAGGCCUGGAACAGCGCUGGGGCGGUGCGCACCCAGGCUUUGCUCACAGUCCAAGAGCCACAAGAUGGCACCCAGCCCUGGUUCAUCAGCAAGCCUCGCUCAGUGACGGCCUCCCUGGGUCAGAGUGUCCUCAUUUCCUGUGCCAUUGCCGGUGACCCCUUUCCCAGCGUGCACUGGCUCCGCGAUGGCCAAGCCCUCUCCAGGGACAGCGGCCAUUUUGAGGUGCUGCAGAAUGAGGAUGUGUUCACCCUGGUCCUGAAGAACGUGCAGCCCUGGCACGCCGGCCAGUAUGAGAUCCUGCUCAGGAACCAGGUUGGCGAAUGCAGCUGCCAAGUGUCACUGGUGCUACAGAGCAGCCCUGUCAGUUCCCUCACUCGGGGGCGGGAGCCUGCCAGCCGUGAGGGCCUCUGUGGUGGAGGAGUUGGUGCUGAUGGCGGCAGUGACUGUGAUGGGACCCUGAGGCCUGGCUGGCUAGCAAGAGGGCAGGGUUGGCUGGAGGAGGAAGCCGGUGAGGACGUACGGGGCCUGCUGAAGAGGCGCGUGGAGACCAGGCUGCACACAGAGGAGGCGAUCCGCCAGCAGGAGGUGGAGCAGCUGGAUUUCCGUGACCUCCUGGGGAAGAAGGUGAACACCAAGACUGUAUCCGAAGAAGACCUCAAAGAGAUCCCAGCUGAGCAGAUGGAUUUCCGGGCCAACCUGCAGAGGCAAGUGAAGCCAAAGACUGUGUCUGAGGAUGAGAGGAAGGUGCAUAGUCCCCAACAGGUCGACUUCCGUUCUGUCCUGGCCAAGAAGGGGGCUCCCAAGACCCCCAGUCCUGAGAAGACACCACCUCCAAAAGCUGCCACCCUGGAUUUCCGCUCAGUGCUGGGCAGCAAGAAGAAAUCACCAGCGGAGAAUGGCAGCAGCGGUGCAGAGGCCCCAGAUGCCAAAGCCCCACAAAGUCCCAUGCCUGUGGGCAAUGCAGAGCCUGCAGGAUCCAUGAAACCCAUGGGCAACGCCAAGCCUGCCGAGACCCUGAAACCUGUAGGCAGCACCCAGCCUUCCAGAUACCCGAAACCCACUGGUAAUGCCAAGCCUGCUGAGACCCCGAAACUGCUGAGCAAUGCCAAACCUGCUGAGACCUUUAAAGCAUCCGGGAAAGAAGAACUCAAGAAGGAAGUUAAGAAUGAUGUGAAUUGCAAGAGAGGGCAUGCAGGGGCCACAGAUAAUGAGAAAAGACCAGAGAGUCACAGGAUGGCCCCAACCUUCACGGAGAAGCUACAAGAUGUCCAUGUAGCAGAGGGUGAGAAACUGCUACUCCAGUGCAAGGUGUCCUCUGAGCCCCCAGCCACCAUCACGUGGACACUGAAUGGAAAGACACUCAAAACCACCAAGUUCAUCAUCCUCUCCCAAGAAGGCUCACUGUGCUCUGUCUCCAUCGAGAAGGCUCUGCCUGAGGACAGAGGCCUGUACAAGUGCAUAGCCAAGAACGGCGCUGGCCAGGCAGAGUGUUCCUGCCGAGUUACCGUGGACGAUGCACCAGCCAGAGAGAACACCAAGGCCCCGGAGAUGAAAUCCCGGAGGCCCAAGAGCUCUCUUCCCCCUGUGCUAGGAACUGAGAGUGAGGCAACUGUGAAAAAGAAACCCACCCCCAAGACAUCUCCGAAGGCAGCUAUGCCCCCUCAGAUCAUCCAGUUCCCCGAGGACCGGAAGGUGCGAGCAGGAGAGCCUGUGGAGCUGUUUGGGAAAGUGGCCGGCACUCAGCCCAUCACCUGCUCCUGGAUGAAGUUCCGAAAGCAGAUCCAGGACAGUGAGCACAUCAAGGUGGAGAACAGUGAGGCGGGCAGCAAGCUCACAAUCCUGGCCGCACGCCAGGAGCACUGCGGCUGCUACACACUGCUGGUGGAGAACAAGCUGGGCAGCAGGCAGGCCCAGGUCAACCUCACUGUCGUGGACAAGCCAGACCCUCCAGCUGGCACACCUUGCGCCUCUGAUAUCAGGACCUCCUCACUGACCCUGUCCUGGUACGGUUCUUCCUAUGAUGGUGGCAGCGCCGUGCAGUCCUACAGUGUUGAGAUCUGGGACUCAGUGGACAAGAUGUGGAAGGAACUAGCCACGUGCCGCAGCACCUCUUUUAACAUCCAGGACCUGCUGCCUGACCGAGAGUAUAAAUUCCGUGUUCGAGCGAUCAACGUCUACGGCACAAGUGAGCCAAGCCAGGAGUCUGAGCUCACCUCAGUGGGAGAGAAACCCGAGGAGCCAAAGGAUGAAGUGGAGGCGUCAGAUGAUGAUGAGAAGGAACCUGAAGUGGACUAUCGGACAGUGGCCAUCAACACUGAACAAAAAGUAUCUGACUUGUACAACAUCGAAGAAAGACUAGGAUCUGGGAAAUUUGGACAAGUUUUUCGACUUGUAGAAAAGAAAACUGGAAAAAUCUGGGCAGGGAAAUUCUUCAAGGCAUAUUCAGCAAAAGAGAAAGAGACUAUCCGGGAGGAGAUCAGCAUCAUGAACUGCCUUCACCAUCCCAAGCUGGUCCAGUGUGUGGACGCCUUCGAGGAGAAGGCCAACAUCGUGAUGGUGCUGGAGAUCGUGUCGGGUGGCGAGCUGUUUGAGCGUAUCAUUGACGAGGACUUCGAGCUGACGGAGCGGGAGUGCAUCCAGUACAUGAGGCAGAUCUCGGAGGGGGUGGCGUACAUCCACAAGCAGGGCAUCGUGCACCUGGACCUCAAGCCUGAGAACAUCAUGUGUGUCAACAAGACGGGCACCAGAAUCAAGCUCAUUGACUUCGGUCUGGCCCGGAGACUGGAGAACGCGGGGUCUCUGAAGGUCCUCUUUGGCACCCCAGAGUUUGUGGCUCCUGAAGUGAUCAACUAUGAACCAAUCGGCUACGCCACGGACAUGUGGAGCAUCGGGGUCAUCUGCUAUAUCCUGGUCAGCGGGCUUUCUCCGUUCAUGGGUGACAACGACAACGAGACCUUAGCCAAUGUUACUUCAGCCACGUGGGACUUUGAUGAUGAGGCCUUUGACGAAAUCUCCGAGGAUGCCAAGGAUUUCAUCAGCAACUUGCUGAAGAAAGAUAUGAAAAAUCGCUUGAACUGCACCCAGUGUCUUCAGCACCCAUGGCUAAUGAAAGAUACUAAGAACAUGGAGGCCAAGAAGCUAUCCAAGGACCGGAUGAAGAAGUACAUGGCAAGAAGAAAAUGGCAGAAAACGGGCAAUGCUGUGAGAGCCAUUGGAAGACUGUCCUCUAUGGCAAUGAUCUCAGGGCUCAGCGGCAGGAAGUCCUCAACUGGGUCACCGACCAGCCCUCUCAAUGCAGAGAAACUAGAAUCUGAAGAAGAUGUCUCCCAGGCUUUCCUCGAGGCCGUAGCUGAGGAAAAGCCCCAUGUAAAACCCUAUUUCUCUAAGACCAUUCUUGACUUGGAAGUUGUAGAGGGAAGUGCUGCUAGAUUUGACUGUAAGAUUGAAGGAUACCCAGACCCUGAGGUCGUCUGGUUCAAAGAUGACCAGUCGAUCAGAGAGUCGCGCCAUUUCCAGAUAGACUACGAUGAGGACGGGAACUGCUCUUUGAUUAUUAGUGAUGUUUGUGGGGAUGACGACGCCAAGUACACCUGCAAGGCUGUCAACAGUCUUGGAGAAGCUACGUGCACAGCAGAGCUCAUUGUGGAAACCAUGGAGGAAGGAGAAGGGGAAGGGGAAGAGGAAGAAGAGGAAGAAUGAAACAAAGCCAGGAAAAAGCAGUAUCUAAGUCAUUUUAAAAGGACCAUUUCUCUAAAGUUCAAAAAACUCCAGAUAGUGAAGGCACCUAGUGUGGCAGGUUAUCUAGUUAGGUCAUGUGGGGGUUGAUUCAUUACCAACAGCAGUGAUAUCUAGCAGCAUUACUGGUGGGCAUUAGUAUGAAUUAGCUGACACUUUCAGAUAAAGUGCAGCUACAUUUCAUUUAGGGAAAUCACCAGCAACUUGCGUGACCAGUUAGUUUUAGAGAAAAAGUAACCAAAGAAAUAUUUAUCUGGGAAAAGUCAUGAAAAUUAAGGCUACAACCAGUGUUCUGGGCCCUGUGGCCCACCUCAGCCCAGGGGGUCCCUGGAGACAGUGGCCUCCCCACUACCUGCCCUGACUUCAAAGAACUGGGUCUUCUCCAGCACUGCAGUAUUUCAUUCUGAAAGCAGUCGAGCCAUUCUGAUUCCCAGGGCACACGAUUCCAAAGUACACUAGACAUCUACACUCUUCUCCAUCUCCCCUACUCCACCUUCCAGCUUUUCUAGAUCUAAAUUUGUCACAAAUUUUGGCACUAAGGACAUAAUUGUGCUUCUUAGAUUGUAAAGACAGGUCCCCUACUCAUGGCUGACUUUAGGAAAAUAAAAUCUUUCUUCUAAAGUCAUUAGGAGGGCAGGGAUUUAGCUCAGUAGUUGCACCACCUGCCCCGCAAGCGCAAGGUCCUGAGUUCGAUCCCUGGUACCAAAAUAAAUAAGUAAAAAUCAUUAGGAAAUCCAAAUUAAACUUAUCCCCUCUUUCCAAGUGUCUCACAGCUUCAGACUUAUUGGUAAGAACUCAUGGCCAGUUGGGGGUGGUGGUGGGGAUCCUUGCUAAUGUGCUUUUCUUCUUCAACCAGGAUUCAGAUUUGAGCUGUUACCAAGUAUCAGCCUGCACGUGUGCUAAAGAUUUUUGUGUCUGAAUGUGGGGAAAAAAAUAGUUUGCUGAAAUGUUAAUCUUGAUUAUUUAUUGGGCACUGUGAAGUGUAUUUCAUCUGAUGAACAGCUGCAGAGCUCCCUGUACUUUUGAAUCGUCUAGUCUGAGUUUAAUACAUCUUCACUCUCCACCCUCCAAGGAGCUCAGCCCACUGGAGGGCUCCACACUGUCCUCCUUCCUAUACAUCAAUCAUGCCUCGCCCUGCAUCUUGAAAUAUAUUCUUAGACCUAAUAAAUGCACUCAGACUUGCAUCUUUAGGAAUUUUUUAAACUUUUUUUCACUACAUUGGCACUUACAUUUUUUUCUUUUAUAAAACUUUUUGAAGGUCACAGACCAUAAACAAAUACCAUAAAUGGAUAUACCUAGUACAUUUCCUCUGUGUGUGUGUAACAUUCCAAAUACUCUUUUCCACUGUUUUGUAAAGUGCAGCAACUUAAUAUUCCAAUGGACUUCAGAGUUCCUUAAGAACCAAUUUUAAAUUACUUCUGUGCAAUCCUACAAAGUAUCAAUGUUAGAAUUUUGAUAUUACUUAAUCUUAUGUUAUCUUCCAUUCUAUUUUAGCUACUUUUUCAAACUGCCAGUAUUUUUUGCUUUUUAAACAGUUACAGUAUUUUUCAUUAUAGCCACAAUAUUGCCACAGUCUAUUAUAAUAAAGGUUUUUUUUUUUUA